AUGGCCUUUUCCAACCAGACCCCGACCAUUGUCGUGCUCAAGGAAGGAACCGACGCCCUGCAGGGCAGAGGCCAGAUCUUAAAUAACAUCAACGCCUGUUUGGCGAUCCAGGAGACCCUCAAACCCACGUUGGGUCCAUUUGGAUCAGACAUUUUGAUCAAGUCUUCCAACGGCAAAACCACCAUUUCCAACGAUGGUGCCACGAUUUUGAAGUUGUUGGAUAUUGUUCACCCAGCUGCCAAGAUGCUUGUGGAUAUUUCCCGUGCCCAGGACGCUGAAGUCGGAGAUGGUACCUCCUCUGUGACCAUCUUAGCAGGUGAGUUCUUGAAGGAGACUAAGACGUUUAUUGAGGACGGCAUUUCGCUGCAUCUCAUCACAAAGGGAUUGAGAAAAGCCUGCGAGUUGGCGGUCAAGAAGAUCGAGGAGAUCCAGGUGGAGAUCAAGAAAGAGGACACUACACAGUUCAGAGAGCUCUUGGAGAGAUGUGCCAAGACGGCGAUGUCGUCGAAGUUGAUUUCGAAGAACUCGGACUUCUUCACGAAGAUGGUCGUUGAUGCCGUCUUGACGUUGGAUGACGACUUGGACGAGAAGUUGAUUGGUAUCAAGAAGGUUCCAGGUGGAGCCAUGGAGGAGUCGCUUUUCGUGGACGGUGUUGCAUUCAAGAAGACGUUUUCCUACGCCGGUUUCGAGCAGCAGCCCAAGAGAUUCACCAACCCCAAGAUCCUCAACCUCAAUGUCGAGUUGGAGUUGAAGGCCGAGAAGGAUAAUGCCGAGGUGAGGGUGGACCAGGUGAAGGACUACCAGGCGAUCGUGGACGCCGAGUGGCAGAUUAUCUUCGACAAGUUGGAGGCCAUCAAGGACUCUGGCGCCAACAUUGUCCUUUCCAAAUUGCCUAUCGGCGACUUGGCUACGCAGUAUUUCGCUGACAGAGACAUCUUCUGUGCUGGUCGUGUGAGCAGCGAAGACAUGGACCGUGUGAUCAAGGCUGUGGGUGGUUCAAUUCAGUCUACAGUGAGCGGCAUCAGCGAAAAGGCCGUCGGUACAUGUGCUGAGUUUGAGGAGGUCCAGAUUGGUGGAGACAGAUACAACUUGUUCCGUGGGUGUCCCGAGGCCAGAACGUGUACGUUAGUGUUGAGAGGAGGCGCCGAGCAGGUGAUUGCCGAGGUCGAGAGAUCGUUGCAUGACGCCAUCAUGAUUGUCAAGAGAGCCGUGAAGCACCGCACAGUUGUCGCUGGAGGAGGAGCCAUUGAGAUGGAGAUCUCCAAGUACCUCAGGGAGCACUCCAAGACGGUGGCGGGCAAGCAGCAGUUGAUCAUUGGAGCGUUUGCACGUGCGUUGGAGAUUAUCCCCAGGCAAUUGUGCGAGAAUGCCGGGUUGGAUGCCAUUGAGCUCUUGAACGUGUUGCGCAGCUCGCACGCCAAAGGAGAGAAGUGGUACGGUAUCGACUUCCACAAGGAGUCUGUGGGCAACAACAUGGAGAGUUUCAUCUGGGAGCCAUCACUUGUGAAGAUCAAUGCGCUUCAGUCGGCGACGGAGGCGGCCACAUUGCUUCUUUCUGUGGACGAGACCAUCAAGAACCUGGAGUCGGAGCAGGCGGCUGCGGGACGUGGGCGUGGAGCGUUCUAA